AUGGCUACAACAGAGCCAAUGUUGGUAAAAUCUCAAUUUUCAAUUAAGAGUUCAAGAAUGAAUUCAGAGCUAGGGUUCAUUACAUCCCAGUUGAAUGGCAUCAAAAAAUUUCAGCAACCCAAUUCUGAUCUAAGUAGCGAAAAGCAUCACCGUGAAAAUUCCUCUGACGCCAUCCUGGCUGCCGGAUUCCCUGACUUAUUCUUCAACGCCAUUUCCAGAUACGAAAGUGUGUUACCCGAUGUUAUGUUGCGCAUUCCACUGUCGUCCAUGCUGAGAAUGCAGAUUUUACCUCUCUGGUAUUUAAAGGUCUAA